AAAAAUAUUAAAUCGACUUUGUGGCAUUUGCAUGUGUCAACAGUUUACUAAAUUAGGUUUACAGGAAAUGAGGAUUAUUUCUUAAUGAACAACCAUUAUAUCUAAGGCCAUGAUAAAGAAGAUGAAAUCGGUGAUCAAGUGGACAACAGUUCUACUCCUCCUCACUUACAUAGUAUGUUCACCAUUUCGAAAUUCAAACGAUAAUACUCGAGAAACUUCCUACAAACUAGUUCGUCCAUACAUUGACUCUGGAAUCAUCAAACCCUCGACAUUGCAUCAUGAUUCUUGUGAUAGUAAAGACGUGAUUUUGUUGAUAAUGGUCCUGAGUGCAGUAACGAAUUUUGAACAAAGACACGCCAUACGAAGUACUUGGGGUAACGUCUCCAGCGUACCAACCACUGUCCUUGUGAGAUUUCUACUUGGGAGAACUACCAAUAUUACUCUCCAAGACAUCGCAGCUAUUGAAAAUCAGUUAUAUAACGACAUUGUAUUCGAAGACAUAUUAGAAACCUAUGAAAAUCUAACUCUGAAGUCCAUUGCUAUGCUCCGUUGGUCAUUACUACAUUGUCAUCAAAUACGCUAUUUGCUGAAGAUAGACGAUGACAUGUUUUUAAAUCUCCCGAGACUUCUGAAUACAUUGGAAAAAUAUCCUCAAGCAAAUUCAAUAGUUGGAUGUAAAGUCAGCAGAUCUGCUCCAUUUAGAUCGUCUUUAUCAAAAUGGAGUGUAUCCCGGGCGAUAUACGCAGAUGAUUAUUACCCGGACUACAUAUCAGGAACUGCUUAUCUUAUCAGCGGCGAUAUUAUACGGAAUCUUUACCAUGCAACACAAAAAGUCCCGUAUUUCAUAUUUGAGGACGUUUAUAUUACCGGUCUAUGUAGGCGCUACAUAGGGGCGAUUGCCAAGGAACACACUGACUUUAGUUGUGGAUACCGUGAUAAAGGACCUUGUGGAAACAACUUUCGAUACAAACUAACCGGUCACCACUACAGUCCGUCCGAAAUAAAAAGAAUGUGGCUGGAGCUGAAAGACAGAGAGUCCACUUGUCGAUUUCUAGAUCAAAAAAUCAUUUACAGACUAGUUGAUAUGUUCAAGUUCAUUUUUCUUUAAAGAUAAUAUAUAUUACUCAAAAGUUGAAUAACAAAAAAGAAUUUUUUAAUCUUUCCUUGUUCGUUUUUAUUUUGUAUGUUACAAACUAUUGUAUAAAUUGUUUCAGACAUCGAUAUUUCAUGCUUAUCUUCGUAGACGUAUUAAAACUCUGGUUGUAUUUGGGGAAAUAUUUGCAAGAUAGGGAUGUUUCUCGUACCAUUAACCACAAAAGUUAUCUACAAACGUAAUAUUUGCUUGUGAUUGAUAUGCACUUGGAGAUCCUAUCUAAAAAUGUUGGCGAAGAUAAAAGGAUACAAAACUUUUGAUCUCAAUUGCCGAUGGAAAAGGGAAGUUAUAAAAUACUGACUUUUGGCAAUCGAUGAGAUAAGAAACUGGUCAAAGAAUCUAUUGAAAGUUAAUGUCGAUGUCAUGACUUAUCUUACAAAGAUUGCACUUGCGUACCAAAAGUGAUUUCUAAUUUUUUUUUUUUUCAUUUGACCUCAAUCUUUACACUUUAAUGAAAUCCGUCAUUUUGAAAACUCAUUUUUCGGUAUACAAAUCAGUAGGUAAGAUAAAUGAAUAAAAUUGUCCAAUG